AUGGAGACGACUAGGAGGUUGAGCCCGACAAGCUGUAAGGACGUAGACUGGGGCCGCAUCGAGAAAGACGACGGAGCUGCAGAGCUACUACGACAUGUCCGAGCGAAGCUCGGAGCUCAGCCCAUCCAGGGCGCCGGCAAGUCUUUAGCGAGAUGGAUCUUCGACUUGCGCCGAGACACAGGAGAGCCGAUGCCGAGUUAUAUUAGCAGAGACGACGAGGCCUACCAUGACGUUGUGAAAGGGUUUGACACCGAGUAUUUCAAGAAGCAGCGUGCGGCCAGACUCUCCGAGAGAUCAAAGUUAUGGAACGCCCUCUAUAGUGAGCUGAAGUGGUUUCUUGACCAGAUCGAGCACGAGGGCCCAGAGGAUGCGGCCGAAGUGGCGAAGAACCUCAACUUGCGGCUCUGGAGUUUUGUCAGCAACGGCCUGGAGGAGAUCCCCGAGCAUCCAGAUUUCGGUACCGACUUUAAUCAGGCGAUUGUUCUGGACCAACUGCGUGGAUGGUUAUUGCUGCACAGAUCAAGAUUGUCCCCGACCGAGCGUUCAGCAGUGAUCAGCGCAGUCAAAGGCAACUUCGACUAUGAUAGCAUCGGAGAGCAGCUGCGAGUAUCUUGGCCCGACGAUGAGAUGACGAAUCGCGACGAGGAGACAGGCAAGGACAACCAUCGUCAUCGAGAGCGAGGUCGAAUCCACGCCGGCUGGGAGGAGAACAGCGAGAACGACGACGACUACAGCUACUACGAUGGAGAGCAGUCGGAGGUCUCCCACGAGGAUGGCGACGGCGACGAGGACGAGGGAGAUCCCGAGGAGCCGCUCUACAGCGCCCAGGAGAUCGAGGACGCCGAGACCGCAUUCGCCGCCCAGCAGCGCAGCUUCGAGGUCGCGGAGGACAGCGCAAGUUUCAAGGGCCCCGGGCUGGAUCCCGAGGCUCUGGCUCAUCGAGCAAAGGACGGGGCCGAGGGGGCGGACAGCGACGUGACGGAUCUCCUCGACGAGAUGGAGAUCGCCCCCAAGGAUGCCGAGAUGGAGGUCAACCUCAUUACGAACGAGACGACCCGCAUCGAGCUGGAGAACGCGAUGUCCCCCAAGCCGGCGAUAAAGAACAAGCCGAAGCGGGGGAAGAGGCAGCUCGACAAUACCCAGUAUCUUCAGGUGGAGAAGUCCAUCGAGAUGCGAGAGCGAGUUGAGCACGUCAAGCUGCCGAGCUGGCCUACGCUGGAGAAGCUCGACGACUGGAUCCUCAUGAGUGUGAAGCAGAGCUCCUCCAAGGGUCUCGGAAUCCUGGACAUUGGCGCGACCUCCAGCAUCAUUGGCAUAGAGGCCGCCGAGAACCUACGCGACGUCAUUUACGAGCAGACGGGCCAGAACAUCAAGAUGGACGUUAGCCAGAAGAGUGCGUUUAUAUUUGGCGAUGGCAACUCCAAGACCUGCGCCGGCAAGGCUACCUUUCCUCUCAAAAUUGCUGGUGUGGACGGCGACCUCGAGAUUAACAUCCUCAACGCAGAUGCCCCGCUCUUGAUCGGAGUGGAUGUUCUGAGCCGCCUGGGAGCUGUGAUCGACUGCGAGGCACAUUCUGUUUACUUCAAGAAGCUCGGCCUCAAGCACCUCAGCAGCACUUGCGAGCACGGGGGCAUCAUCAUUACCUACGCCUACGGGGACACCAUCAUCCUUUACGCUUACAGGGAUAUCAUCAUUACCUACGCCUACGGGAGCUCCGAUUUCGGCAACCAGAUUGCCUUCCAUAUUCGCAUGGGCCUCAACCGCGAGACGAAAUGCCGCAAAGCAGAGAGCCAGCAAGUGAAGCUGGAGAACGAGGAGAUGGACGGCCCCUGGGAGCAGGUGGACGUUCGAGUGCCUCUGGAGGACUCGGGAGCAUCGGCGACGGGCCGCUCACCGACGUCGACGAGGUCUACGCCACAACGGAUAUUGCCGCAGGGGCGACUGAUCGCUCACCAGGACACGAGGGGCAACAUCUUCUACACGGUCGAGAGCUCGGAGCUGGAUUACAGCAAGAAGCGGAUGACGGACAUCUCCCUGCUGGAGCAUCUGCCGAAUUGGGAGACGUGGUCCAGCAAGCUCCUCCGGCAGUGGACGCAGUGCCGCCGCUUUGGGCGGGUCAUCCAGAAGGUCUUUAUCAAGACGAUCGACCGCGUGAACUGGAAGCUGGACAGUCUCGGCCUACCUGUGCAGGUGCUACCAGAGAAGUACCCGACCUGGCCGACGGACCUCGAGCACCGUGCGAAGAUCGAGCAGUGUCCGCCGAGCUCGAAGGCAAAGCGACGUCCCCAGAAGUCGACAGCCGCGGCCGCGCGCGAGCAGAAUCAAGAGCUGCGGGCCACCAUCGAGACCGCAAAGUCCGAUUUCUUGACCAAGUUUGCGGAGGUGAGUGCGUUUGCAGCGCUGAGCUCAGAGCAGAUCCACGAGCAGCUCAGCAUGGUCACGCUGGGGAACCACCUCAGGCCCCUGUGCAAGAUGCGGGGAUUGACCCAGUCGGGCAAGAAGGAGGAGGUGGUCGACAAUAUCAUAGCGCACAUCAUCGAGCAGCGCGGCUCGGCGGCAGCGACGAUCAAGAUCAGGAUGGAGACCGAGACGAAGAAGGCGGAGAAGGCGCCUACGACCAUAGGGCUGGCGAUUCCAGCUCACUACGCGCAGAUGCGCCAGCGCCCGGACUGCAAGCUAUGCCGAGGCAUCGCGAAGAACGAGCCGAUCGCGAAGGUGAAGCCCUACGGGCGGUGCCACCAGGCGAUCCGCGCAGCGACUCACAUGACGAGAUCAGCCAUCUUCGGAGCUAUGUGCGCCCUCACGACCUUCGGCCGCUGGACGAUGGUCGAAGCGUGCACCCACGAGGACUCGAACCUCGGGAAGGUGUGCGACGAGAAGGGCUACCACUACGAGCGUCUCGGUCUGUUCAACGAGAACGACCUCAGCAAGCCGCAGGGUUACCACAAGGCGAAGUUCCGGCUGGACGAGAUGCGCCCAGAGCUCUUUGUCAGCACCCCACCCUGCGGGUCCUGGUCGAUAAUGCAGAACGUCAACCAGCGCGACGACAGGCAGAGGGAGAACCUUCGCAGGAAGCGCCUCAAGAGCCAGCGGAUCUUCGAGAACAACACGAGGCUCAUAGAGCACCAGGUGCUCAACCUGAACGGCUCGGCCCUCGCCGUGAUCGUGGACGGCUGCGCCUGUGGACUGAGAGCUCCCGACACAGGCGAGCUCAUGAAGAAGCGCUGGAAGUUUCUCACUAACGACAAGAGGAUCUGGGUGGCCCUACAGCCGCUACAAUGCCGUGGAGGACACUACCACGAGGAGAUUGAGAGCAGCCUGAGGACUGAGGCUUCGGGCUACUACCCCAAGAUGCUGCGCCGCCGGAUCCUCCGGGUUCUGACCAAGAGCCAGAACCAGAACUACUUCGAGGACGAGGUUGUGAAGUGCCUCUGCAUGGCAGCUACCCAGCAGCCACCGACGGAGCCUACGCUUGUGGAGGAUGAGCCGUCGAUUCCACCUCAAGACGGCAAGGAGACUCACGACCUCACCGAAGAGACGAUCAAGAAGAUAGAGAGCUACAUCAGGCUGGUGCACACCAACCUUGCCUCAUCAGCAGAGCAGCCACAUAAUGGUCACGAGGUUCUCUUCGACGCCUUCUCAUGGAUCCGUCGCAGCAAGCAGACGAACGUGAAGGCGCUGGCGGUCCUCGACGCCGGCUCAGACAUCCUCUACGUGCGACUGAUCGACGAGAAGGAGAUCCCGGGUACGACGCGACAAGUUCGUGCCGGCGACCUUCGACAGAUUUUUGCGACAAAAUGGUUUCCUUGGAUGGGGCGCCCGAAGGUCAUGCGCUACGAUCCAGCUGGCAGCGCCAUCUCCAACGAGUUCCGCGAGCGGAUCGAGAGCCAGGGAGUCUACUGUCUUCCAUGCGCGGCCGACGCCCACUGGCAGAUCGGCAAGAUUGAGCGCGCGAUCGAAGCUUUCAAGGAGGCCCUCGACGCUUUCGACGAGAUGGUCUCAGCUGAAGUGCCUACCAGCGAGAUGAUUGGACUCCAGACAGCUGCCAGGAACGACCUGAUCAGGAUUGAUGGAUUCAGCCCACUGCAGCGCUAUGCCGGACGGACCCCGACGGGGACCACGGUUAAUUUGUCCGACGAACCGAACAACCUGCCCCUCAUCAGCGCCGAGCUGCAGGAUGGCACCUUCAGCAGGGGCGCCCAAGUUCGACGCCUGGCGCGGCUGGCUCACAUCCAGACCGAGAACUCCGACCGAGUCAAACGGGCGGAGGCCGCGCGCUUCAGGUCCUUCAAAAGGUACGAGACGGGCGACCUGGUCUUCGUCUACAGGAGGCCCUCACCAGGAGCCUGGAUCAAGAAGGGCCAACCUCGCUCCAUGCCUGGGCGAGGCCGCUGGUACGGACCUGGGCGAGUACUCUGCCACGAGCCAUCGAGCUCGGGACAUCGACCUGGUCUACCUGGGACAGUGGUCAACAUCACAGUGGCUGGACGCCUCUAUCGAGUUGCCCCAGAACAGCUUCGACCUGCUACGCCCUCCGAGGAGGCGAUGGACUCUCUACGCUCGCGUCGCGAGCAGCCGGGGACAUGGGCCCUCGGCGACGUCCAGAAGCUGCUCGACCAGAACGAGGUGAUCGACCUUUCGAACGAGUCCCCGCCUACUGGCGAGGACCUGGCCGCUGACGACGGCGAGUCUGUCAGCGCUCGCACCUUCGAGGGCAACGCGAGCGGACCCUGGGCCAUUCCUGAAGACGAGGACUGGAAGAGCGACCUCUUCCUGGACCGCGACCUCCAAGGCGACUACGGAAGAAGGGUAAUCCCUGGGCCGAGGCGGCCGAGGUCCAAGACCCUCUCAUACAGCCAGUACAGCCAGAAGCACCACCAGGCAUUCCACAAGAGGAAGGCCACGAAGCUGGACAAGCGCCGGCUGCGGUCGCCUGGUUCGACCGAGCCACCUGCUAAGAAGCAGCGGAUCAACGUCGCGACCCAGGAGGCCUUCUCCUACUACCUGCAGGAAGGCAACUUCUACGGGCACUACGCCUACAGCGUCCAGCAGUGCGACGAGAAGAAGGAGGACGACGAGCUCACCGUGCUGGACAUCCCCGUCAGCAACGAGCACGCGCUCAUGGCCUACAUGGCCCAGCAGAAGGAGUGCACCUCGGUCCUCAGCACGAAGGCUGUCAGGAUCCUCAGCCUCAAGGGGAUCGACGCGGCGCGCCUACUGCGCCGCCGUUUCGUGCUGACCUGGAAGAAGGACGAGCAGGGCAACGUGCUCCGAGGCAAGGCCAGAUUGGUCGUGCUUGGCUUCAGCGACCCCGAUCUACUUCACCUACGGACAGAGUCACCACUUGCCUCAAGACGUGCACGACAACUUCUACUGGCCAUGGCAGCAAGACACAAGUUGAAGCUGGAGAAGGCAGACGCAGUGACAGCCUUCCUCCAGGGCGAGACUGACGAGGAGAAGAGGAAGAUCUACGCCGACCCGCCGAAAGAUGUUCGUCAGGCAUUCGGCAUGAAAGAUGACGAUGUACUACAGUUCCUCAAGACUAUGUAUGGGUUUGUACAUGCUCCUCGCAAGUGGUGGCUCCAUUUCAAGGACACGCUCAAAACGCUGAAGCUGGAGAUCGUGCAGUGCGAACCUUGCGUCGGUGUCAUCCGAGACGGCAGCAAGAUGGUUGGCAUGGUCAUCCUACGCGUCGACGAUAUGAUGAUUGCCGGCGAUCACAACAACUCGGCCUUUCUCAAGAAGCGUCAGGAGAUUCAACAAGCGUUCGAAUGGACACCCUGGGAGAGCCGAGCGUUCGUGCAGUGUGGCAUCAGCAUUCGACAGAACGAGGAUUUUACCUGCAGCCUCGCACAGGACAGCUACAGCCUGAACGUGGAGCCCAUCAAGACACGACGUGGGAGGAAACCCACAGAAGGAGUUUCAGACAAGGAGAGAUCAGACCUACGAGGCCGACUUGGUACAGUCGGAUGGCGAGCUCAGCAGUCGGCCCCGUGGCUCAGCGCAGAAGUCUCUCUACUUCAAGCGGAGAUACCUACGGCCACGGUCUCAACCACCCAACAGACCAACAAGCUUAUCCGCACCAUGAAUGACACCGCCGACGUAGUCAUGCUCAUCCCGGCCAUUGAGCAGAUUGCCGUGGUUGGCUGGGGCGACGCAGCAUGGGCCGCCCGUAUCACUGGCGAGUCCCAAGGCGGAGACAUCGUUGUUCUGGCCCCCCUGUCCUUCCUGAGUGGCUCGACAGAGACGGUUGCGCCUAUCUCUUGGAGAUCAUGCAAGCUACCCAGAGUGGCCAGAAGCAGUACGAGCGCGGAGGUCCAGAUGAUGACGGAGACCCUGGACGAGAUCAGUUACGUGCGACUGUUCAUCUACGAGCUGGAGUGCGGUCAAGUGGACUACGCGAACACGCAGGACGUGAACGACGCCAUCUCAUCCUGCCCUGGCGUACUUGUCACAGACGGUAAGUCGGGCUACGACGCGAUCGAGAAGAGUGAGUCAGCUGGUCUCGGACUACGUGACAAGCGGACGAGCAUCGAGUGCUUGGGCAUUCGACAGCAGAAGGAGCAGACGGCCCUCCAGAUACGCUGGGUAUACAGCGACGCCAUGUUAGCCGACGGAUUGACCAGGGAUCGUGCCGCCAAGGUCUUGCUGGAGUUCUUCAGAUCCGGCCAACGCUGGAGACUCGUGGACGACCCACUUCACCGCAGUGCCCAGAAGCGCAAGACCGAGGGCCUGGACAAGCUCGACCAUGGCAAGCCGAUCUCAGACGAUGACGAGGAUGCUAUGCUGGAGGCCCUGAUCGACUACGCCCGCGACAACCCCGACGAGCAGGAGAGCCCUGCUGGAGAUGCUGCCCUGCGGGGCAUGAUUAAGCCGCUCACGCGCUCUGUGCUUUCUGUGAAUUCAGUUGCCAGAGGCAGGUCUCGAUGCCGUAACAUCGAUGUUUAG